CAUGACUAAGGAAGAAGCAAGGGCCACAGAUCCCAAUCCUUGCGAUUCGUCUGGCUGGGUUGGUGAUGAAGAGACACAUGACUUUGUUCUUGCCUUGGGUUAGGUACUCGAAACCCUAGAAAUCGUGUCGUUCUCUCUCUAAUUAGUGGAGGCGAUGGCAGAGCUUUGCUUGACUUCUGCUCCCAGUUUCCCUUGUGGGUGUCCCCUUCGAGAACAGGGCCUCUCCAGGUCUCCCAAGGGAUUUCAACCACUGUUGCCUUUUCCUGUCUCAAAACCAGAUUUUCUGGCAUCGCAUUUGCUGCUCAAAUCGCUUGAGUUUGAGGUACCAUGGAAGUCUUCACAAUUGUUCCCAAAUGUCCAGUUGGAUCUUUCCUCAAUGAGAAGCAGCCCUGUACUUGUGGAUUCCCAAGGUGCAGAAAUCUGCCACCCAGAGUCAUUGCUCCUCAGCUCCAGGAUCGUUCAGCAAUGCAUGAGAUACGAAAGGAGCAUGCAGUUCCUUGGCGAUAAUGGGCUAAGAGAAGACCUUGAUUCUUCCUUGCUAACUGAUUUGAGUGGCCUUUACAAUUUGGCUUUGAACAUGAACCAAAACCCACCCUUUACCUCAGAUUAUGGCUUUAGUCACUACUAUAUUGGAGACGGCAAUAUAUCACCUUCUGUGAUAGACCCAAGAAGAGCAUCGGAAAACCAGGAGAAGUUGCACUCUGGUUUUUACCAAGAUUUUCACAACAAUCCAGUAGGACUCACAGACCCAAGAAGAGCAUUGGAAAGCCAGGAGAAGGUGCACAGUGGUUUUUACCACGAUUUUCACCACAAUCCAGUAGGACAGGCUCUGCUAACUCCAAGAGAAGCUGAGCUGAAAGAGUUAUGCUCAAUUAUUUCCGAAUUAUAUCUCACUAAGAACUCGACCUAUUGGAGCAAGCAAGUUGCUUUGGUUCCACACUUCAUAAGGGACUCUGACUCCAGAGUAGCACCUGCAUGGAAUCAACAUGCAGCCAUGAUGGCACCUGUGAAGAGCCCCGAUGUAAGGAAACAGAAGGCAUCGCCACGAAAGAGAAGAAAGAACAUGAAGUUAACAGUUAGAGAGAGAGAGCUCUAUGGCAAAAGUCUUUUCCACGCAUGUGAAAACCUUAUUUCCUUAAUUCUCAACAAAAGGUCAGGACAAACGGGCCUCUUGGCUCUGGUUCACAUGGGCCCAGAAGUGGGGCGGCUUCUAUCUGGGCUAGCUGUAGGCCUUGCAGGCACAGGCCUAGCAGUCAUGCUCUGCAUUCUCUCUAAAGGUGUGCGAGGCCGAACUUUAAGCAAGUUGGUGAAUACAGGUAUCGGGUUUGGCCUUGUUUGGGUCUCAUGGGCCAUUAAUGGCCUCAGAGAUGCCAUUAUCUCUAUGGGUAAGUCCUCCAACAAGCUAAGGAUGAAGGAGCAGCAAACUGUGGUGAAGUUGCAGAGAGGUGUGGAUGAGAUUUUGUUUAGGGCUGCUACUGUAAUGGCGGUAGCAAUGUUAGGGUUUGUAUGAGAGCGAGUUAGAAGUCAGCCGAGAAAAUUGGUGCAAAGAAUUCUUACAUGGAUUAUUUGGUAUUACGUAGCAGGGGAAUAGAUAUAGGAGUUCGAGAGAGAUGUAUCUUUGUACAGUUAGCAGGUUGCUACUAAUAGUAGUGCUUCUUAAUUCGAAUGAUUUCAUGUUAGGGUCUCUUGUGAUUCUUGAAGUUAAUGGCGAGGUAAAAAUGAGAGUUAAUUUCUAUG